AUGGGUGUUAUGUGUUUCCGUUUUUUUGUGGCUGGUGCUGCUGUGCUUGUUGCAUCCACCAGGGAUAAUAACAACGACAACGAGAACUAUGGCCGGAAUGGUUCCAAGCUACGUUGGGAAGAAAUUUUCCCAAUAACUCUAAUCGCGUUCCAAAGUAGCGGACAAGCCGUUACGAGCAGGGUAUUGAAAUUCCCCGGGUUAACCAGUGUGGUCUUGACGGAUGUUUAUUGCGAUUCAUUUGCGAGUCCAGAUUGUUUUACGCUUAGCGUGUACUCAGAUGUGGAAGAGAGACGGCAGGUGGCUGCGAUUAUCUGUGUGUUGAUCGGGACGUUGAUGGGGGUUCUUGGGCGCGGAGUCGGAUUGGGCUUGCUGGGGCGUUGUGGAUAG